UGCCAAAAAUAAGGCUGGGGAGACGGACGGGAAAACGCGAGCUUUUUCCAGCUCAAGUCAACCCACCAAACCCACGCGCCGCGGUGUCUUUCCCCUCCCCUCCGCCGGAGCAAAGCAUCUCCGCCAUGAGAGAUCCGAAGCUCCCCGCGCCGGCGACGGCAAGGAGAUCGCCGCCCGGCCUCGCCGACAAGCUCCGGAGGCACUCCGCGUGGCUGCUGCUCGUCUGGUUCGCGCUCUCCGUCUGCCUCUUCCUCUCCGCCGCCCCGCCGACCGCCUCCCCGCUCCUCCGCCCCGCCGUCCUCCUCCGCAACACCAAGCCCCGCGCCCUCGCCACCGCCACCACCGCCGCGACAACCUCCAAGCCCCCCGUCCGGAUCUACGUCUACGACCUCCCCUCCCGCUUCAACCGCGACUGGGCCGCCGCCGACCCGCGGUGCGGUCGCCACCUCUUCGCGGCCGAGGUCGCGCUGCACGACGCGCUGCUGUCCGGCCCCGCCGCCGCCCGCCCCGAGGACGCCGACCUCUUCUUCGUGCCCGUCUACGUCUCCUGCAACUUCUCCACGGCCAACGGGUUCCCGUCCCUCUCGCACGCGCGCGGGCUGCUGGCCGACGCCGUCGCGCUCGUCCGCCGGGAGAUGCCCUACUGGAACCGCUCCGCCGGCGCCGACCACGUCUUCGUCGCCUCCCACGACUUCGGCGCCUGCUUCCACCCCAUGGAGGAUGUGGCCAUCGCGGAUGGCAUACCGGAGUUCCUCAAGAGGUCAAUCCUGCUACAGACAUUCGGUGUGCACGGCCCUCAUGUGUGCCAGGAGGCAGAGCAUGUGGUUAUCCCCCCACACGUGCCCCCGGAGGUGGCCCUCGAGCUACCGGAACCGGAGAAGGCGCGAAGGGACAUCUUUGCCUUCUUCCGGGGCAAGAUGGAGGUCCACCCCAAGAAUAUCAGCGGCCGCUUCUACAGCAAGAAGGUGAGGACUGAGCUACUAAAACAGUAUGGUCGUAAUAGCAAGUUCUACCUUAAGAGGAAGCGAUACGAUGACUACCGAUCAGAGAUGGCUCGUUCUCUGUUCUGCCUCUGCCCGCUGGGCUGGGCACCAUGGAGCCCUCGGCUUGUGGAAUCAGUCCUGCUCGGCUGUGUUCCUGUCAUAAUUGCCGAUGAUAUACGCCUGCCAUUCCCUUCCGUCCUCCGGUGGCAAGACAUCUCAUUACAGGUGGCCGAGAAGGAUGUCGCCAGUCUUGAGACGGUGCUGGAUCAUGUUGUGGAAACGAACUUAAGUGUGAUACAGAAGAACUUGUGGGAUCCUGUGAAGCGGAAGGCGCUGGUGUUCAACCGGCCAUUGCAAGAGGGAGAUGCCACAUGGCAAGUGUUGAGGGAGCUUGAAGCAUUGCUAGACCGGUCUCAGAGAAGGAGAAGGAGUCGUGUCGGAUCAUCGAGGAGGUGAAGAACCGAGUAAAGCCAACCGCCAAGGACCUUUUGGCGGUUGCUGACAUGUACUCUGCUGCAUCUGUGCGACACCAGCUGCAACUUACAGUCUCUGCCGAGCCAACAAAAUCACUUGUUGAGCAUGAGCACUACUGGUGGACAUGUAUUUUUCUCGUCAGAAGUUCAGAAGAUCAGUUCCUGACAUUCCAUCCCAAUUUUUGAUGGUGAAGCUGACAGUUUGCGAGUCUGUGUAUAUAGUGUACCAACAGAGGCAGUCAUGGGCUGACAAAGUGGCAAUCUCUGUACAGAAAAUUAAUUUUAUUCAUUUAGGUGGUUUCUCUUAUUGGUGUUGUGAAGAGGCUGAUAUUUAGGUGGCUUACUGGUGAUUAAAGAUUGUAUUACAGAGGGGUGUCUGUGAAAACGUUUCCUAGAUGUACCUGUAGAGUUGUUCGGCUGUCAUACUUCCAUGUACCAUAUGUGCAAUCUUGUUGUAUAGAAGAGGUGCUUCUGUUUCA